CUUAGCCGUCGCAAGCACGAUGACGAAGCCAGAGUCAAAGACUACGGUACCUAAGCCCACAAGAUGGCGGUAAAUGUGGUUAUACCAGCUCUCCCUUGCCUGUCCGCUGCACUUUCCGAGCCUCCAAAUCGCUAUUAAUCCUUCUUCUCCUCGGCAAGCUGCACCAGUGUCACCAUCCUAACAUUAUCAUUAUCACUAUUAUUUAUUCUUUCACAUUCCACAUGUCUCCCAUCCUACAUGUUAUGCGCCAUGGGCAAGGCUAUCAUUCAUCUGCCGUCACCAAAGACGGCCACUUGCUGCGAGAUCCCUUCCUCACCGAGAAAGGCAAGCAGCAAUGCCGGGAUAGAUGCAAAGCUUUUACCAGACACGGACACAUUGAGCUUCUGGUCGCCUCACCGAUGCGAAGGGCAAUUCAGACGUGCCAAUUGUCUUUUCAGCCCGCUGUAGAACGUGGUCUUGUCAUAGUCUGCCUUCCCCACGCGGAAGAAGUAUCCGAUGCUCCAGCAGACACGGGAAGUCCUGUCAACGUCCUCCAAGCCGAGUUCGGCUCCGCCGUCAAUUUUGACCACCUUGAAGAAGGCUGGUUCAAACAUGACGGGGAGUUUGCUAUCGAUCCCAAAGCUGUGAAAGCUCGGGCCACGAAGCUUCGACAAUGGCUCAAAGCAAGGCCAGAGAAGGAGAUUGCCAUGGUCAGCCAUGGAUUCUUUAAUCACUAUCUGUGCGAAGAGGUCGACGACGAUGGCCAGCAGACGACGCCUUGGUGGAACGAAGCUGAACUCCGCACCUAUACAUUUUCCGACGACGAAAAUGACAACAUCGCCAAGAUCUACGAGACUCCGGAGUCAUUGACUGCACGUGGAGCAUCAGCCGGAAACGAAAGACCAAUGUCUCCCAAAGUUAACAUCCCUUCCACACGAGGCAGCAAUCCCGAUGAGCAUUACAUCAAGCCCGACGAUUCAGCAACAGCAUCCAGAUGAGAACAAACGAAGAGACAAUACCGAGAUAUCCCCGCCAAAGCGAAAAAAGAAAGAAAAAAAAGAUGAAAUUGGCCCAAGCCUAUCAGCCUAGAUGGGAUAGCAGCCCAAUGCCUGCCUACAAUAGAUUCCCGAGAGAAAAAAAGUCGGUAGAUUAGACUGUAAAUAAGCAAACG